AUGACGACGAUAAGAAGGAGGGUAGAAAUAAGGAUAAAGAUAAGUAAGCAAGUAACGCUGAUGGUGAACACGGUCGAAAAUGACGCCAUAUGCGAGGAACAGUGGACCAGGGACUACAGGCACGCUGGUGCCUACAUCGAUCCUAAUACUAUGCAGCCCUUUGUGCCUUUUCUUCCAUCAGACUGGUUUGAGGGACGGGAACACUGGGAUACCGGGCUGUUGACGAGGCGAGGAGAAGGUGGUGGCGAUUGUCGGUUGCUUCAAGAUACCUACCUCCUCCACACACUAGAGGGUACCGACCAUCAAGACGGGGGAGGUGAUCCCGCUUUCAACGCUGCAUUCAGUACUUGCGACCGCGGGCGGCUCGGCUACCCUUAUACAUACAGGCAAGAGAUAGGAUCAUCCCAAGAGUCCUGUAAGGCUGUCCGGAAAUACCUCUACUGA